CUACUGCGUGAUUGAUCAAUCAUCGAGAUGCAACGGCCCAGCGCAGCGUUUUUUAGUUCUUGGUGCUUUCUAAAGACAACUUUGUUAUGAAUGGAUUAAGCGACCAUCAGCGGAUUAAUGCAUCUCAUCAUCAGCAAAUCCACAGUGCAAAAGAAAAGCAGGCACCAAAGUGUAAGGCAUUCAAGCUUCUUUCUGACCCAUGCAUCAUCCAAGGAGCAGGGAAGGUGUACAGGUACGAUGGCAGGGUACCCAACGACGCCACGUACCCGACGGUACAGGUGCGCGACCCACGGCCGCCGCUCACGCGCAUCUGGUCCCGCAUGGAGGUGGUCGAGCUCUCCGUGCCCAAGUUCAAGAUCGACGCCAACUACGUGGGUGCGCCACCACCGCUGGAGGUAUCGGUCACCAACAUCAACGACAACAUCGAUAAGACGUUCCUAGCGGAAAUGGUGCAUAAAUGCGGCGAAAUUGAAGAGCUGGCGAUCUUCUAUCAUCCAAGGACCAACAAGCACCUAGGCAUUGCGCAGCUCGUAUUUCGCCACGUGCAGGGGGCGAGAGCUUGCGUGGAGAAAUUCAAUCACACGUCCGUCAUGGGCAACGUGUUGAGUGUGUUCCUUGAUCCGUUCGGUAAGUCAGCGUCCACAAUGGGCCACAAGCGUGCCCAGGACUUACGGACGACUGCUGGCACAAUUUUUUACGGAUUUUGAUCGCUGCCCUUAAAAGCGGUAUCUUGUGACUGGGCACCAGCAAGCAG